UGAUGCUUUAGCAAACUCUAACGGGAAGUAGCCUUGUCAGUGGGAAAUGAGAGUGGUAGAUACAGCAGGAGUAUAGGAAUGUGGUGCUGGAUCACUAAAUACAAUGUUUAUUUAAGACAGUCAUUUUAGUUUUUUGAUGGUUACGUGCAUUCCGGAGCGUUGUGGGGAUCCAAGGUAUUAUGGCUCAAGCAUAUUUUGGAGGAGGCACGAGAAUACUGCUGAAGGAAACGGCGGGGUUGUUGAUGGUGUUUGUAUGCUUUCUAAGCCUAACUGAAGCGGCGAUGUUCCCAGAUGUCAAGGUAGAGCCAGUGAUCAUGGAUGAGCAGGUGUUGUGGUUAAGGGAGGCAGUUGGAGAGGUGAACACCUACCGAAUUCCCAUCAUCACUUACACACCAAAGGGAAACUUGAUUGCAUUGGCAGAGGCUAGGAAAUGCACAGAAGAUGAUGGUGGUGCCAAGUUCAUUGCGCUUCGCAGAUCACUGGAUAAAGGUGCUACGUGGAAGCCAACAGAGUUUAUUGUAGAUGACGGGGAUGUCCCAGAUGGCCUAAAUCUAGGAGCAGUGGUAGUGGAUGAGGAGAAAGAUAUUAUCUUUAUCGUGUACUCACUAUGCGCCCACUACUACAUGUGCAAUGUGUCAAGCACCAUGUUAAUAGCCAGUCUGGAUGAUGGAAUUACCUGGACCAGACCUCGGAACCUGUCCAAAGAGAUAGGCACAAAGAUGUUUUGUGCUGGACCGGGAUAUGGCAUACAAAAAAAGUAUGAGCCACAUAAAGGGCGUCUCAUCGUCUGUGGGCAUGGAACGAUUGAAGGUGAUGGGAUCUUUUGCCUUUUAAGUGAUAACCAUGGAAACAACUGGACCAAUGGGGGGAACCUUAAGAGUAUCCCUUACAACCAGCCCAAGCAGAACAAGGACUUUAACCCAGAUGAGUGUCAGCCCUAUGAAUUACCAGAUGGAUCUGUGGUCAUCAAUGCACGCAACCAGAACUUCUAUCACUGCAACUGCCGGAUAGUGGUGCACAGCACUGACGGUUGUGAUACAUUACCAGUAGAAAAUGUCAAGUUUGAAAAGGACCUCAUUGACCCUGCUGUAGCUGCUGGUGCACUAUUAAAAAACAAUAUUGUCUUCUUCACCAACCCAGCAAAUGAGCACAAGCGACUAAACCUGACCCUGCGUUGGAGUUACAGUGGCUCCUCCUGGGGAGACAAUUCCAUCCAGAUAUGGUCUGGUCCAAGUGGCUACUCCUGCAUAACCACCCUUGAUGGCAGUGUGGAGGAGAGCAAGUACAUAUACGUCAUCUAUGAAAAGGGACACUUUCACACUGAUGAUACAAUCUCUGUUGCCAAAGUGCACCUCUAUGGAGGAAUUUGAUGUAUAAUUUCGAAUAAGCCAGCUUUGAAAGGGAGAAGAGUAGAUUUUAAUCAGAAAACUGCUGUUUGCAAACUCCAGAAGAGGACCUUAUCUUACACAUGAUAAAAAAUGAUCUUGUGUUGCUGAUGACAGGCAGGUGGCAUCACAGAAGGACAGCUGUUUUUCAGAAGUCUGGUCAGAAUGAAAGAGGAACUGUUGUGCUUUAUCAUCCCCCGUUCCACUCUCCCUUUCUUUGUACCUGAAAAAGUAUAUAAAAGCAUAGCUUUGAACUGGAGACACUAUAAAGUAGUGUUUAAUGUGUUGGGCUGCGAAGCUAGAUAACUAGGUAUGUGUUCUGUUUGCAUACUUUAUACAAAUAAUGUAAUUAAUUGUCUUGUUCUCUUAGGUUCUCCUUUAAAAAGAAACCGAGUGUUCUUUCAGCCCAACCUGUUUGCGAAAACUCAACAGUAAAACAUAUGUAUAAAUGAAAAGUAGCCAGCUUAAUGGAAUUGUGGGAUAAAAAUCUCUCACUGCAGAGUCCUUCCACUUAUACUAUGAUAUUGAAAACUCGUGUAUCUGGGAAUCUUGGUAUUCCAUAGCAUUCCUUUAUUAUACAGAAUAGCAAAGAUUUUUAUUGAUGUUCACUGUACAGCUGUUUUCAUAAGACUGGUGUUGUCUCCUUCUCAUAGUGAAUUUUAGCUAUAUUGUUAGCUCUCAGAUUAGUAGCCGCAACAAUGUUCUUCGUGUUUCACUGUUGCAGUCAUCACAUUUGGGUUAUCUGCUUGCAGUAGCCCUCAGUCGU